CCUCUUCGUCCUCCCUUUGCUUCUUCCUCCCUCUCCUCUUCGCCGUGGAUCACGGAUGGGUAUAUAUAUGGGCUCAAAGGACCCGGCCGAGUAGCUGUUGUUUACCACAGCACAGUACUCCUUCUCUGAUCCCAGCAUACACACACAAAAGACACCGAUUGAUUCCAGCAACCAGCAUAGUCCUUCAUCUGUACGACACAAACAUCGAACACCAGUAGCAGCGGAUUCCAUUGCAUUUGCAUCAUGGGUUCUUGGGUGCGCACCAUCACGACGCCCUUCAGGAAGAUGCUCAACCCGCAGCGUGACGGCAAGAAGACGCCGCGCCACCACCACCACCACCACCACCAACAACAAUCUCCUUCAGCCAUGGAGCACAGCGGCGAGAUGGAGAGGUCGCAGCUCUACGGCGAGGUGAUGGCGUGCACCUACGAGGACGUGCAGGUCAUGUGGUCCAUGCUCGACAAGGCCAGGAUCUGCAGCGCCGCCGCCUCCUGACCACUAUACACACACAUCCUCUUCAUCCAUCCGAUCCGUCCGUCCAUGGCGAGAACGAGAUCGAUCCACCAGUAUAUACAAACACAGCCAUAGCCAUUAUUCAUUGCAAAAGCAAAGCUCUUGGCGACGACGACAGUACCUUCAGUCUGCCGAGGCGGCAUGCAAGCAGUUCCAAUCCCAAGGCUUUUUUUUUCAGUUGGUUUCGUGUGGGGCGCGUGUACCAUGUUCAUGCGCAUGGUCGAGUCUGAAUCCCCGCUGCUGGCACACACAUGGAUCAUGGUGAAAGGCCGCCGGUGUGCUGUCUUGGAGAGAUUUAGUGACCCACAACAUUUUAGUUAGGUGUUGCUGCUUUUGAGGCCAUCAUGCUUUGUUUUCCUCUUUUUCUAUUUUUCGGUGUCAGAGAUGCAUGUAUUCAUCAUCCGAUGCAUGAGUUUAUAUAGAAAUUCCAGAGAUCUGAACUUUAUCUCUGUUUUGAACCUCAA